UCCAAUAGCCGUGUGAAGGAGAAGGGACCUCUCAACUCCUAGAGAGAAUCUGUACCAUCUCCCCUGCGUUCCUCGCUUCCCCUUCUCUCUCAGCCAUUUCCGAAUCCUUACUACUACAUUUCCCCAUUUCAAAAAGCAAUCUCCAAAACUUUUUCCAAAUCAAUCAGAUGGCAUAUCCGCACCCAAACCUGGAGCUUCGACCCCUUGGAAACACGGGUCUCAAACUUAGUUGCGUCGGCUUUGGAGCUUCACCACUUGGCAGUGUCUUCGGCCCUGUCUCUGAACACGACGCCAUCUCCUCUGUCCGCGAAGCCUUCCUCCUUGGCAUUAAUUUCUUCGACACCUCUCCGUAUUAUGGAGGGACAUUGUCAGAGAAGAUGCUUGGUAAGGGACUUAAAGCUCUAGGAGUUCCGAGAAAUGAAUAUAUUGUGUCCACAAAGUGUGGAAGAUAUGUGGAGGGCUUUGAUUUUAGUGCUGAGAGAGUGACAAAGAGUAUUGAUGAGAGCUUGGCAAGAUUGCAGUUGGAUUAUGUUGAUAUACUCCAAUGCCAUGAUAUUGAAUUUGGGUCUCUUGAUCAGAUAGUGAAUGAAACAAUUCCCGCGCUACGGAAACUAAAGGAAGCAGGGAAGAUUCGUUUUAUUGGUAUAACUGGGCUGCCGUUGGGAGUAUUUACGUAUGUUCUUGAUCGAGUGCCGCCUGGCACAGUUGACGUUAUUUUGUCUUAUUGUCGCUAUAGUAUUAAUGAUUCUACGUUGGCGGAUUUAUUGCCUUACUUGAAGAGCAAAGGUGUAGGUGUAAUUAGUGCGUCUCCACUAGCAAUGGGGCUACUAACAGAGAAUGGCCCUCCAGAGUGGCAUCCAGCUUCUCCUGAACUGAAGUCUGCAUGUGAAGCUGCUGCUGCCUUCUGUAAAGAGAAGGGGAAGAAUAUUUCAAAGAUAGCAAUGCAAUACAGUUUGUCGAAUAAGGAUAUUUCAUCCGUGCUGGUUGGCAUGAACUCUGUUAGACAGGUUGAGGAGAAUGUUUCUGCUGCUACGGAACUUGCUACGUUUGGCAAGGAUCAAGAAACUUUAUCAGAAGUUGAAGCAAUUCUGAUCCCUGUGAAGAAUCAAACUUGGCCUAGUGGAAUCCAACAGAGCUGAUGUUUUGCUGCCUUAUGACUACUUUCCCUUUGUGCUUUCUACAAUUUGCAUUGCUGUUAGUGGCUCUCCAAUCCAUAUUUGUUCCAACGGAGUGCCCAUUAUACUGAUGGAUCCGAAACUCAAUAACGUGUAAGAUGUGUUUGAUUCCUGUGGGAUAUUUAAGAGGUGUUUUACCUUAAAAGUGUAAUCAAAUUAUUGACAUUAAAACUGAGCUUGUUUUUUGGUUGCUGAUUUUCGAAGUUGUAUAAAAGUCUGCAAGUCGAUGCUUCGGUUUUUGCAUUUCCUGA